AUGUGCGGAAUCAUUCCAUUCAUGAAAGGCCUCUAUGAAGAUCUCCUAGAAGCCAUAGACGACCUCUUUCCGAGCCAGACCGCCGAUACAACUCCGCUCAUGAACAACCGUCAAUCGUUUCCGCUGUCACAACCCUACAACCAAGCGUACACAUCAGCCUCUCGUCCAGUUGCAGAGGAACAUUGUGAGGUCACAGAGAGACUAGAGGUCAGAACGGCUCGGGCAAGAAUGCCUUCACCUCCGAGAGGGCAGCCGACCAGAUGA